AUGAGGAGGAAAGCCAGUACCGUCUCCAGUGGAGAGCAGCAGCUAGGGGACCGAGGAUUCCGGGGUGAAGGUGACAGGGUGAUUGAGACCGCGGACCCACACGGAACUUGUAACAACUUGGAGUAUGAAAGAGAUGCGUUGAUGACUGCUAAACCUGGUAAUGCUCCUGCUUUGAUGUCCUGUCCUGCCAGUGAUGAGACGAGUGCUGAAACAGUUUCUACCACAAACUCUACAAGAGGCAUGCUUAACGUUGACGUCACUGAAAAUUAUGAGCUUGCUGCCCGAGAGUCUACAACAAAUGCCGAACCUUUGAAUUCCAACAAUAACUUCAAAAAUGACAGCAAAACUGACCCUACCCUUAUCUUUGCCACUACCAGCUCUGCAUGUGGAAUGCUUUAUGUUCAAAAAACUGAAAAUCAUAAGCCUACUGACAACCACUCUACGAGCAUUGUCAAACCUUUGGACUCCGACAAUGACUCCAACAUUGAUUCCGACAAUGAUUCCGACAUUUACUGUGAUACAGUUUCUAUUUUAACUUUCAACACCACUAACUCUUCAAGUGAAAUGCUUUAUUUUGACGUUACUGAACAUUAUGAGCCUACUGCGAACAUUUCUACGAUCCUUGGACCCUUGGACUCCGAAAAUGACUCUGACAAUGAUUCCAAUAUUUACUGUGAUCCGGUUCCUAUUUUAACUUUUGCCACCACCAACUCUUCAAGUGAAAUGCUUUAUUUUGACGUCACUGAACAUUAUGAGCCUACUGCCAACAUUUCUACGAUCCUUCGACCCCUGGACUCCGAAAAUGACUCUGACAAUGAUUCCAAUAUUUAUCGUGAUCCGGUUCCUAUUUUAACUUUUGCCACCACCAACUGUUCAAGUGGAAUGCUUUAUGUUGACGUAACUGAAAAUGACGAACCUACUGCCAACACCUCUACGAUCAUUGUGAAACCUUUGGAGUCCGACAAUGACUCCGACAGUUACAGUGAUACGGUUCCUACUUUAACCUUUACCAAUACCAACUUUAACAGUGAAAUGCCCUACGUUGACAUCACUAAAAAUAAUGAGGCUACUGACAAAAAAUCUACAACAAAUGCCAAACCUUUGAACUUCAGUAAUUACCCCAAAGAUCCCAGUGAUACGGUUCCUAACCUUUUAUUUACCACUACCAGUUCUGGAUGUGAAAUUCCUUAUAUUGACGACGAUGAAAAUGAGGAGUCUUCUGCCGACACCUCUACGAUCACUGCUGAACUUUUAGACCCCAACGAUGUCAGUGAUACCGUUCUUGCUCUUAUAUUUGCCACUACCUGGGCCACUACAAGGGGCAUGCUAUAUGUUGACGUCACUGGAAAUGAUGAGCCUGCUGCUAGAGCGUCUAAGAUUACUCCUGAAUCAUUGUACCCGAGCAAUGACUGUGAUACGGUUCCUACUCUUAUCCUUGCCACUACCACUUCAACAAGUGAAACGUCUUGUGUUGACGUUACCAAAAAUGACGAGCCUACUGCCAAUGCAUCUACUAUUACUGCCCAACAUUUGGACUCCAACAAUGCCAGUGAUGUGGUUUCUACUCUUCAUUUGACCACUUCCAACUCUGCAAGUGAAAUGCCUUGUGUUGACGUCAUAGAAAAUGAUGAGUCUACUGCAAGAGCCUCUGCGAUUACCGAAACUUUCGACUCCGACAAGGAAUGUGAUAUGCUGCUUAAUCCAUCACUUGACACAUCCAACCAAAAACAACAUUCAAGUGAAACUUGUUAUAAACAUAUCAACAACAAUAACAACCCUGCUUCCACAACUCCUACAAACACUUUGGACUUCAACAACAAAAGGGUAUCGGAAGACACAAGGGGGCAACCCGUGUACUACGAACAUCCGGUCUCAGCUUGCGACAUAAACUUUGCAGUUACCACCUCCGAGUCUGGGCGGAAAUUGACCAAUCCCGGAUAG